CUCUCUAACACAUCAGGGCUUCAGACUUCACAAACUCAACAUAAUGCUUUCAGCUGUCUUCUUCUUCUUGCUGGGUCUGUCAUUUUGUCUGACAGUCCCUGUUCCUCUUGAUGAUAGCCACGAAUUCACAGAAGAAGACCUCCGGUUUGCAGAGCGCUACCUCAGGACUCACUAUGAUCUCCGUCCAAAUCCCACUGGUGUUUUGAAGAAGAGUGCCAACUCAAUGGCCUCUAAACUUCGAGAAAUGCAAGCUUUUUUUGGUUUAGAGGUGACAGGAAAAUUAGAUGAAGAAACAUAUGAAAUCAUGCAGAAACCAAGAUGUGGUGUUCCAGAUGUGGGGGAAUAUAACUUUUUCCCUCGAAAACUCAAGUGGUCAAAAACUAAUUUAACAUACAGAAUUGUGAGUUACACUCCAGAUCUGAGACGUGCUGAUGUUGAGAGAGCUUUCAAAAAAGCAUUCAAGGUUUGGUCUGAUGUGACACCCCUUAACUUCACGAGAAUACGAAGUGGCACUGCUGAUAUCAUGAUCUCCUUUGGCACUAAAGAACAUGGUGACUUUUACCCCUUUGAUGGACCCUCUGGAUUACUGGCUCAUGCCUUCCCUCCUGGUCCAGACUAUGGAGGAGAUGCCCAUUUUGAUGAUGAUGAAACUUGGUCAAAUGAUUCUAGAGGUAAGAGAGGUUCCUGUGAUUAUUUCAAAUGGUGAUGGACAAUUGUAAAU